CGGUGCGCACGGAGGCGGUGACUCUUACCUCACAGAGGUAGCUCCUCCGCCGGCAGCAACUCGGCGCCCGCGGUCCAUGGACCGGAACCUCGGGCCCGCGGGCAGGAACCCGGGCCGCGAUCGUCGCCUCCCCGCCCCAGGCUCCUCCUCCUCGCUUCCCGCCGCCUCCUCCGGACGCCCGCAGGCCGCGCACCGCCGCUGCCGGGCUCCUGGAGCUGCCCCGAGAGGCUGGGUGGCGGGUUCGCGGCUGCCGCGGGACUGAGGCCUACUCCGCCGCCUCUCAGUGCUAUUGUCCCUCUGCCCGGCCCUGACCGCGUCCACCGGAGAGGCGAGUGCUCCGGCUCCGCGGAAGAUGCCGGACCAAGCGCUACAGCAGAUGCUGGACAGAAGUUGCUGGGUAUGCUUUGCCACUGAUGAAGAUGAUAGAACUGCUGAAUGGGUGAGACCAUGCAGGUGCAGAGGAUCUACAAAAUGGGUGCACCAGGCUUGUCUGCAGCGCUGGGUGGAUGAAAAACAAAGAGGAAACAGUACAGCCAGAGUGGCAUGUCCUCAGUGCAAUGCUGAAUACUUAAUAGUUUUUCCAAAGUUGGGUCCAGUUGUGUACGUCUUGGAUCUGGCAGAUAGACUGAUCUCAAAAGCCUGUCCAUUUGCUGCAGCGGGAAUAAUGGUUGGCUCUAUCUAUUGGACAGCUGUGACUUACGGAGCAGUGACAGUAAUGCAGGUUGUAGGCCAUAAAGAAGGUCUGGAUGUUAUGGAGAGAGCUGAUCCUUUAUUCCUUUUAAUUGGACUUCCUACUAUUCCUGUCAUGCUGAUAUUAGGCAAGAUGAUUCGCUGGGAGGAUUAUGUGCUUAGACUAUGGCGCAAAUACUCAAAUAAACUACAAAUUUUGAACAGUAUAUUUCCAGGGAUUGGUUGUCCUGUUCCUCGAAUUCCAGCUGAGGCUAAUCCUUUGGCAGAUCACGUCUCUGCCACCCGAAUUUUAUGUGGAGCCCUUGUCUUUCCUACUAUUGCGACUAUAGUUGGUAAACUGAUGUUUAGUAGUGUCAACUCUAAUUUACAAAGGACAAUCUUGGGUGGAAUUGCUUUUGUUGCCAUUAAAGGAGCAUUCAAGGUUUACUUCAAACAGCAGCAAUAUUUACGUCAGGCACACCGCAAAAUUCUAAAUUAUCCAGAGCAAGAAGAAGCAUAAAACUGUGACUUCCAGACGUUCUGCAGUCCUCAUCCUUAUGAGUCUGUUGUGUUGUUUUGAUUCCAUCAUUAAUGCACAGUAGUGGAGACUUGUGAUAAGCUGAUGCUCUCGUAUUUUUAAGAAAUAUAAUAAAGAAAGCACUUAGGGCCCGAGGAAAUCCUCUCAGUAAUCGCGGAGCCUAAGGAUGUGAUCUGUCCUCAUUAUUCUGUAUGUACGUCUUCUAUGGCAGUCAUCUGAACCGUUAUAUUAGCAUGGUGAACCUGGGCUUUGUUCAUAUUUUCUUCAGACAGAAAUGUAAGGAUCAGCCUGUGCAAAUAUUGAAAAAUGCACAUGUUUUAUUCAAAUGCCUUUUGUACAUGUUCAUGUUCAGUGUUUUCCUAGAAUCAGCAACUCAAUGAAGGUACUAUGAAGAUUUUUCUCACUGGCAUAAUUUGAUUACAUGUUAAACAGGAGUAAAUGUUAAUAUGAGAAAAUGUAAAUUAAAUUAGUUAUAAAUAAAUAGCAAACCAAAAAUGUAUGUAAACAUUCAAAUGAUUAUCUGAACAAAUGCGAUUUUGUUGUUUUUCUUAACCCAUGUGAUGUUCUCCAAAACAUGUAGGGUAAAAAUUCACAGGGCUUCCAGAUCACUUUUUCACUAUUAAAUAUUAUUUAUAUAAUGUUGACAUCUCAGUUCAUAAUGUAAUUUUGACUUGUGCAGUCUUAAUUAUGUGUGUGUGUGUGUGUGUGUGUGAGAGAGAGAGAGAGAGAGAGAGAGAGACCGAGACCGAGACCCGUCAGGUCCUUCCAUCAUUGGAAUAAGGUUUUUAAAUCCGUAUUUCUAGAAAUUAAAGCUGCCAGAUUAUAGUAGUUUGAGCACAGAGAACGAUUUGCAAAAAUAAAAACAUCAAUAAAAUUAUUUUACUCUUCUCUUUCAUUGAGUCAGUUAUUCAGGUAUAUGCUGAUCACCUCCUUUAAGUCUUGAGUAAAUAUUGAGGUCAUUGUUUUUGGCUUAAGACAGUUUACUAUUAAAAAACCCAAUACUAAUGUUUAUAGAUUUUAAUUGCUUGUCAUAUUGAUAAGGGUAAGUACCUUAAUCACUGUUAACUAGUUUUAUAUUCAUUUUUAAAAAGCAAUUAUUUAUUUUUAAGCCAUUUUUAAUAUUGGCCCUUUUAAUGUUGUUCAGCAAUCUAAAUGGUCUUGCAGUUACUUUCUUUAAUUAAAGUUAAAUUUUUAGAAGUUAGUUCCAAAAACCCUAUUUAUUUUCUUGCUUACAAUACCUAAUGCAUGACAAUAAUAAACAUUUCCCCUUACUGAUAAGUGGCCACUUCUCUUUAGAGAUGUAGCAAAUAUAGAUUGAGCUUUGAGAUUGCAAUAAAGUAUGUUAACUUGAGUAAUUUAAGACUGGUAUCUUUUUAUAGUACAAAUGUUUUAAUUUUGAGUUAUAACUUGAAGUUGAUGUGAAUGGCUGUUGAACAUUCAAAGUUGUAAUUAUUUGGGGAGGAAGGGAAUAUUUGACAGUAGCCUUAUUCAAAACACUGCUAUAGUUCUGAAGGGAAAUAAAAAUCUAUGAUUAUAUAUAAAAGUAGCUUAGGUUAUAUAGCUGUAAUUAUAAAAUAUAUUGGCUUUUAUUAAUUUUUGAGAAGAAAUGACAAUAUUUUCUGCAUAAUUGUGUUAUAUAGAACAGCUUUUAGGCAGCCUUUAGUAAAGUUAUAUAAGCACACAGUUCCCCUUUUACUACUUCAAUGUCCAAGAUGGGGAAGUAGCUGCUUGGAUUUAUUGGCAUCAAGGCUUGUGAGGGCCAGAGAACUGACUAACCCUUUGGGGCAGGGAAGGGAAUUGCAAGUGCCUGGGGACCAAGAAUGGCCUCUAGCCACUCUUAAAUCUAAAGAGCCUUAUUAGCUCAAGAAGUACCAUGUCCCAGUCUCUUUAGAAAGGUGGCCUGCACCACCAUGAAGCAAUGAGCAUGAGCUGACUCAUGUUGGGUAGACCUGGGUUCAAAUGCUAAUUCUGCUUUUAAUAACCUGACCUUGGCCAAGUGGCUUAACUUUCUCUCAGCUAUAGUUUUCUUCAUCUCUGAAAUGCAAGUAGUAUUCAACCUCAGAAGAUAUUUCUAGGAUUAAGUGAGAAAUUAAAGGAACUGAGGCACUUUAGGCUCAAAAUAGCCCCUACAGAGUAGUAGUUGUUUCUUAAUUGCUAAAUAGUCUGUUCACACUAGGAAAAGGGAAUAAAGAAGUAAAAGAAAGGCAGUAGGGGACAGAUUAAAAGGGAUGCUGUAGAUUUUUGGGAUGGGUGGGUAUAUUUUGUGUUUUUCAGUUUAUUUCACAUUGCUUUACUGUGUUAUUUCUAUAAAGUAAUGUUUUAAACCUCUUAUAUGAAAUUCAGUGACAACUGAUAGAAUUCUCCCUGCAGAAGUUAACAUCUCCAAAAUGGCUGAAAAUAUUAUUCAUCAUUACAUGAUUAUCAAAUGACUGUGAAGAAUAUAUAAUUAAACUUGGUGACUUAGUCACUGCCUAGCUAACUGUGCUGUAAUUUUUUUUAAUGUCUUGUUUUUAAUAUAGCAGACUAUCUCAAUACUGGCUGGAUUAGGAUAAAUAAAGAAUUGUCAUGUUC